GCAGCGGCCACGGCAGCGGCCACAGCGACAGCAGCAGCAGCAGCAGCAGCAGCAGCAGCGACAAUAGCGACAGUAGCGACAAUAGUGACAACAGUGACAAUAGCGACAAUAGCAGCAGCCGCUUGCGCCCCACCGCCGACAUGGUGUCCCCCGUCACCGUGGUGAAGAGCGAAGGUCCCAAACUGGUGCCCUUCUUUAAAGCCACUUGUGUCUAUUUCGUCCUCUGGCUGCCAACUUCCAGCCCCUCCUGGUUCAGCGCUCUCAUUAAAUGUCUGCCCAUCUUUUGCCUGUGGGUUUUCCUUCUGGCCCAUGGAAUUAACUUCUUAGUGUCACACCGGAGUGCCAGCCGCAUCCUAGCGGGACUCAUAUUCUCGGCAGUGGGAGAUGCCUUUCUCAUCUGGCAGGAGCAGGGCUACUUCAUUCAUGGUCUGCUGAUGUUUGCCAUCACACACAUCCUGUACUCUUCAGCCUUUGGCAUGAAGCCUUUGGACCUCAAAGCCGGCUUGUUGAUGGGCCUGGUUUCCGGUUCCUGUUAUGCCUUCCUGUACUCCUACCUCUCAGGCCCGUUCACCUACCUGGUAGCUGUCUACAUCGCCUUGAUUGCCUUCAUGGGCUGGCGGGCGGUGGCCGGCAUGCAGCUGUGCAACGACCUCUGGACAUGGACCAAGCUCUCUGCCUGCAUCGGCGCGAUGCUGUUCAUGGUGUCCGACCUAACCAUUGCACUUAACAAGUUCUGCUUCCCCGUGCCCUACUCGCGCUUCAUCAUCAUGGCUACUUACUAUGCAGCCCAAAUGCUUAUUGCACUGUCAGCUGUAGAGACCAGAGAUGAAGAGGACUUCAGAAAGAGGAGCUAGAUGGAGUGCCAAUAGUCUGUGAACACGUGGGUUAUAUCUCAGGUGCUGUAGCUGCAUUCACCCCUGAGAGAGAUCUCCAUUUCUCUAGGCACACUGGUGAUGUUGAUUUUGCUUCUUUGAAGCAUUACCUUUGGGAAUUAUUUUUUUUCAAUGGCUUUCUCUGAAUAAAGCUUACUUCAGUGUGGAGUCCACAUCAGAAAGCUUAGACUGUCCUUGCAGUAGUUACUCAUUCUACUUUUCCUUCUUGGAAGUGCUGUACUACUGCAUUUUACUCGUUAGUCUUGAAACUGAUGCUGAAUGUCUGGGAAGUGGAGAGCUGAUGGAAAGGAGGUUUAGCCAUGCACUGUGUUAAAAGGCUUGCUCUCAACUGAAGGCAGACAGACACAGAUCUCUGCUGAAGUCAUAGGUAAAAAUUAAUUUAACUGAUGUUUGUCUCUGUGCGUUACAAACUCAGUAUGCAAACUGGAGCUAUUGCCUCUGCUGAAAGGAAACCUGGAGGGAGAGUAAAAACAGCAUAUCCAGAUAGGAACUGAGCUUUAGAGUCAAAGGCAGCAUGUGGGGCAGCACCCAGCAGAACCAGCAUGACAGCAGAACCCCAGACUGAGAGCACAGAGCAAGAGGUGCGCUGACGUGCAGUGCUGUGUGCUUUGAUCAUGGUGAUCACUGCUCCAGGGCAAUCUGUAGGUGUAAGCCAGCAUUGCCAUAUGUGGCAGAACUAGGAGUUUGGUGGGAUUUCAGGGACAUCUCGGUAGCCAGGCCAACAUGUUCCCCCUCGCCUUGUGUGUGCAGUUACACAGCACCUGCAGCCAGCAGUGACAGCUGGGAUGUAAUGGGCACACAAGGAACUUCGAUUCUUACAGCAGAACUUUGAGCUCGUGUCUUACUAGUGUAUACCCUAGUUGUCCUUAGUACAGGAGACAGGAAUCCAACCUUUAUGCCUUUCUUCCCCAGUGUCCUAACAAGUAAUAUUCCAUAUACCCAUUAAGCUUUAUAGUACUGCUGCCUGCAGUAUUUGAAUCUUCAUCUGAGCAUUUCCUGUGGUCAAGGCCUUGAUUUUGGAUGUAGAUUGUUAUUGAGCUUUGCCAGCUGGUGGUAAAUGAUCAUCUUUGCACCACUUCUUUUUUGUUAGAAAGCCUCUUUUCAGGAGAGCUUCCUGAAAUGCACUGUCUUGUGUGUUCAAAAUGCCUGGUGCUUCCUUCUUGAACUCACAGGGACACAGUGAGAAUGCACAGACGGGGCUGGGAAAGCCUAUUUAAUUCUGAU